GAAUUCAUCAGUCUCAUCUUCGAUUCGUGCCGAGUAGCUUCACACAAGUGACCAAACAUCCAGAACAAUGAAAUUCAUCGUUGCUUUCGCUGCCCUGAUUGCGCUGGCUCUGGCCGCCCCCGUCGACGAUAAGGACGCUCAGGUCGUGAAGUACGACAGCAAUGUUGCCGCCGAUGGUUACAGUUUCCAGUAUGACACCAGCAACGGCAUCCAGCACCAGGAGACCGCCGAACUGAAGACCUUCGGAGAAGAUGUUUCCGCUUUGGUCGUUAAGGGAAGCUACUCGUACACUGCCGCUGAUGGACAAACCUACACCGUGAACUACGUUGCCGAUGAGAAUGGAUUCCAGCCAGAAGCUGCCCAUCUGCCAAAGGCUUAACUUUGUGAAAAGUGUUAGGUUUAUCCGUUUCUGUGUAGAUAAUAACGACUGUAAAUAAUUGAUUCGAGUACCGUUUACACGACUUAAAUAAAAAAAUUACGUAAAGCGAAACAAUAA